AGAACAUAAAAUCAAACAAGUUACUCUUUAACCCGUUAAUUAUUCACAUUUCUUACAUCAAAAAAUGGACGCCUCGAUGUCCAAGUUUAUGAAAGGCAUUCCAGCACUUACCUCCGAAAGGAAGCCCUUAACAGGGACCACUUCUGCACCCAAUCCGGUGCCCCAGCAACAACAACAGCCGCAGCAGCAGCAACAACAACAACAGAUGCAACAGCAGCAGCCGAUGGUUCCAAACCAGCAGCUAACGAGUCUUGCAAGUAAUCCACUUCAGAAACAACUGAUGGUUCCAAACCAUCAAAUGAACAACCCAGUGGUGCGCCAGAUGGUGGGCCCAAUGCAGAAGAAGCUGAUCACAAAUGAGGGAAACUCAGUCUUCAGUGCAUCAGAUGACAAUGUGAUCAUGAGACAAGUUAUUGACACCCAUCUCCCUGAUGGCACUGAUGUUGAUGUCAAACCUCUUCUACUCAUCGUACAAGAUAUCCUCAAACAUUCUACCAUCAAUGCUGAUCAUGUUCCAUCGGAUGAACAUACAAAUGGGGAUAAACCGGAUCGUAAAUCCCAUCAGACCAAUGUUGUUGUCAUGCUCAACUCACUGACUCACAUAAUCGACAAACUUGCAAGCGAGAUGGCUUUAAGGUGCUUAACGGGUGGGGACGGGCAUGCUACAGCCCUCGCACUUUUCCACACCAUGGGAAACUUUCACUGGGAUGCAAAGCUGGUGCUAACUCUAGCAGCUUUUGCUCUCAACUAUGGAGAAUUUUGGUUGCUGGCUCAAAUUUACUCAUCAAACCAACUUGCUAAAUCUAUGGCAAUCCUUAAACAAGUUCCAACAAUCAUGGAACAUACGGCUCCAUUGAAACCUCGAUUUGAUGCCCUCCAAAAACUCAUUCAUUCCAUUAUUGAACUUACUCUAUGCAUAGUUGAAUUUAAGGAGCUUCCGUCUGUGUACAUAACUCCUGAUAUGCCAGCCAUGGCAUCAGCAAUGAACACCAUUCCUACUGCUGUUUAUUGGAACAUCAGAGGCAUCAUCGCGUGUGCCACACAAGUUGCUAGCUUGACCAGCAUGGGCCAUGAGUAUGGGAUUGCAUCUACUGAAUUGCAAUCAUGGGAACUAUCCACCUUAGCUUUAAAGAUCAAUCACAUCCAUGAGUUCCUCAGGCAGCAACUGGAGAACUGUCGUCGUGUCAUCGGAGAGAAGAAAGAAAUUGAAUUCAGGAGGACUUUCAAUCAGCUAUUCGAAACAAUCCAUUAUGAUAAUAUGAAAAUCCUCAAAGUCUUGAUUAGUCCCAGGGAUGAUAUACUACCACUCUUUGAUGGAUCUACUAAAAAGAGGGUUAGUCUGGAUGUCCUUAGAAAGAGGAAUGUAUUGCUGCUGAUAUCAGGACUAGAUAUGCCCCAAGAUGAGCUGUCAAUCCUUGAGGAAAUCUACAGCGACUCUCGUGUUCAGGGAACACGGACGGAUGGUCCAUAUGAGAUCGUGUGGAUCCCCAUUGUGGACCCAUCGGUAAAAUACACCAGUGAGAUGGACAUGAAAGUUGAAGAGAUGAGAAACAAAAUGCCAUGGUAUUCUGUGUACCACCCUUCCAUCAUUGACAACGCAGUUGUCAAGUCGAUUGGUGACAGGUGGCACUUCAGGAACAAGCCUAUCCUAGUAGUGUUGGACACACAAGGAAGAGAGUUGAGCCCCAAUGCCAUGCACAUGAUGUGGAUUUGGGGGACCAGUGCCUUUCCUUUCACCAGCAGUAAAGAAGAACUGUUGUGGAAGGAUGAGACUUGGAGGCUAGAGUUGCUUGUGAGUGGCAUGGAUCCUAACAUAUCCAAUUGGAUAACACAAGACAAGUAUAUAUUCUUGUAUGGAGGGGAUGAUAUCGAAUGGAUUCGCAAAUUCACCAACACUGCACGAGCCAUGGCACGUGCUGCAGGCAUCCCACUAGAGAUGGCGUAUGUCGGAAAAAGCCAUAAGAAAGAAAGCGUGCGCAGGGCUACGGCUACCAUAAGCGUUGAGAAGCUUAGCCACAGCUGGCAAGAAACUACCCUGAUGUGGUUCUUCUGGGCGCGGUUGGAGAGCAUGUUGUACUCCAAGAUUCAGUUAAAAAGAGCUGAUGAUCAAGACCACAUGAUGCAACAGAUCAAGAAACUGCUAAGUUAUGACAAGGACGGUCCGUGGGCUUUGUUUUGUAGAGGAUCAAAGAUUCUGACCACUGGACAUGGAUCCACCAUGCUUCAAACACCAGCUGAUUUCGACUUGUGGAAAAAUGACAUCCCAACAAAGGGUUUUGAUUUGUCAUUUAAAGACUACCAUGACAAGCUUCAUGUUGCUGCAAACAACUGCUGCCGAUUCGAGUUUCCAAUUGCAGCAGGUAGGAUCCCAGAAGGCAUGAGGUGCCCGGAGUGUCAUCGCCUCAUGGAGAAGUACAUUGCUUUCCUUUGUUGCCAUGAUCAAACCGGCCUUCUUGAACCCUAUUGAGCAGUGAGUACCAUCUACACACCCACCAAGCAUGCCACAUGUGGUCUUAUUAUUUGAAUAAAUGAGUGUUGUAUCUUUGUUGUUUCAUUUUGUAUGAGUGUUGAUGACCUUUCUAUUGCCUAUCAUAAUAAUUUACCUUUGUAUCAUGUAUUCACACCUUAAAAUGUUUUGGGGUGAAUAUAUGCUUGUUUUAUAUACAUUCUUUUACAUA